CGGCGGGAAGGGGGGCCCGGGCCGGGCUGCAGCGGCCGCCGCGCCCCGAGCGCCGCGAUGGGGCUGGAGACCGAGAAGGCCGACGUCCAGCUCUGCAUGGACGACGACGCCUACAGCCGCCACAGCGCCGUGGACUUCGGCGACCUGGAGCAGCUGGCGGACUCGGGCUCCGACCGCGACCCCCGCCGCCUCAACUCGCACCUCCAGGUGGGCUUCGAGGACGUGAUUGCCGAGCCCGUGUCCACGCACUCCUUUGACAAAGUGUGGAUUUGCAGCCAUGCCCUGUUUGAGGUCAGCAAGUACGUGAUCUACAAGUUCCUGACGUUGCUCCUGGCGAUGCCCAUGGCCUUCGCGGCAGGGGUUCUCUUCGCCACCCUCAGCUGCCUGCACAUCUGGAUUAUAAUGCCUUUCGUGAAGACCUGCCUCAUGGUCCUGCCUUUGGUGCAGACCAUCUGGAAGAGUGUAACAGAUGCUGUCAUUGCCCCGUUGUGUUCAAGUGUAGGACGCAGCUUCUCUUCCGUCAGCUUGCAAGUGAGUCACGACUGAACACUUGGACCCCAGGGCUGGAGAGCUGGAUACUGUAAUACUUCUUUGUUGUUAUAAUGCAAAAGCACUACUGUUCUGUUCUAAGCAUUCCCAACUGUUCUAAUUAAGAAAACAUUUUUAAGAUGGGCAACCGCAUUUGGAAAUGUUGAUUGGCAGAUCUUCUCAAAUAAUGCUCUUCUAAUUAAUAGUCAAGGAUUUCGUAUCUGACUUUAGAGCCAGAAUAAUACAGUAGGUUGGCAACACUUAAUUUUAAAGGCAAGUCUUUACUUUAGUACAAAAGUACAUAUUUUAUAACGAUGAAUUUAUAAAGAUCGAGGGACGUUUCCCAAACACUAUAAUAGUUUUGUGCACAACUGCUUGUAAAAAAUAUGGAAUUUCUUAUUUUUUUUUUUUACUCUGAAAGCAAUGCUUUUUAAAUUACCUUUGCAGAUAAAGUCAUGGGAAUACUUACAGGAAAAAUAUACAAAGAUCCUAGAAAUUACAGUGACAAAAGCAUGCAGUGGUAAUAGGAGCUAUCAAAUAUAGGACAAAUAAAUGUGAAAAUAGAGUCAUGAACAUGUGUACCUUUAAGUAAGGUAUUGUUAACCUACAGGUCUAUUUAAUAAGAUGUUUCAUUUUACUGUAUAUUUUGUACUUAAUGUAAAUGUUGCUCUAAUCAGAUUGCUUUUAAGUACUUUUAUUAUAUUUGUUAUCUUGUUGAACUAAUAUAUAAAAUGAGUAAAUGUAUCUUUCAUGGGGAACUUCAUUGGUGAGACUGCACUGUCUUGAUUAUGUAAGCAUAUAUCUCUUCUUUGGGAAUAGAAUGUAAAAGAGCGAUAUACAGGGCUUUUCUCUAACUUUUCCAAGCAAAAUCCUGAAAUGUUUCAUGAGUGAUGCUUUCCUGGCUGUGACCUUAAAAAUAAUCCAAAUCUAACUGGUAUUUCAUCUGGGAGAUGCUUUCUCUCUUGUAGUUAGAAAUUAAACUUGUAUUCUGCGUUCCUGUUAAUGUCUCACUUUACCUUCAAGUAAUACUGGUGCUAUUUAAUAACAUUUUACAUAAAAGCUAUUUCUGACACUUAAGCACUAUUUCAACUGCAGUGAUUCAUGGAGAGAGACUUACAGGAAAGUUGUCAAUUUGUUGGGCCCAUGCUAUUGAGCUAUACACACAGACACACACACACACACACACACACACGUAAAAACUAACAGAUAUACUUCAUUCAAUGAAGAUUAGUUUUACUUUUCCAAAUUUCCAGGACUGGUAAAUAUAAAGGAUGUCUGAACUGGAAUACUAUUGGGGGCCAAAGUAAAUGAAUGAUUAAACUAUGAUACUCCUAUCCUUUUGAAAAUAGCUACAAAAGAGACUUCAAAAGUGCCUCUGUAGCAUCCUUGAGAGUCCCAUGAUCAUUACCUUAAAACAUUACCACUCAUUUGACUACGUAGAUUUUAUUAUGUUAAAAAAGUCAAUCAGUCUUGUGAUUUUAUAGUUAUAUGAUAAACUGUACAACUAUAUAGUUGUAUUUAAAGUUUUUUAUAAAAUAUUUGGAUAUGUUGAUUGGCCAAAAGUAUUUGCUUACUAAAAUAUGCUUUUAAAUAAAUCAUAAGCUUAAAUCAUAUCUUUUCCAAUAGCUAUUGAUAAGUUUUAAAGCAAAAUAUAUACACACAGGCAUAUAACAAAACCCAUUAAGUUUUAACAAGUAAGACAUAUGAUUUCCUUAUUUCUGAAUAGCAUUGAUUAUUGUCAAAAUGAAUUUUUAUUGAGAUUUGCCAUUAACUAUUUUAUUUCAAAGAUUGAAAUUUUUUAUCAAGUGGAUCCAGGUUUCAUGUGCAAAUAUGUUGGUUUUUUUAUUGGGGGGUGGGGCAAAUAGAUGAUAAGUAUCAGUAAUAAACUUUCUAAAAACUC